AUGAAAAAUAGAAAAGAGACCACUGACGAAAUCGCAGAGUUGAUCUGGGCUUUUAAAACGUUUGAUAGAGACGGAAAUGGAUUUCUUGAUCCUAAAGAAUUGCGGAUCGCCUUGAAGCAUCUCGGUGAACCAAUGACAGAGGAGGAAGUAAACGAAUUGAUAAAAACAGCGGACAAAAAUAGUGAUGGGUUAAUCGAUUUAAAUGAAUUAAGAGAAAUCUUCAUCAGCUUUGACAAAGACGGUGACGGUACCAUACCAAGCAAAGACCUUAUUCUUGUGCUUCGGUCUUACCAUAUGAACCCGACUGAAAACGAAAUUAAAGAAAUGUUAAAAGUGGCCGACCGUGAUGGAAACGGUAAAAUUGAAUUUGAGGAGUUCGCCCACCUCGUGAAAAUGCGUUUGUCAGCUGUAAAUGAAACUGAGGAGCUAAUGCAAGCUUUCAAAGUUUUCGAUAAAGAUGGAAAUGGAUACUUGGACGAAGAUGAAUUGUUUGAAUUGUUCCCAAAUGAAGACAUUGAAAAAGUAAUGAAAAUGGUAGAUACAGACGGUGAUGGGAAAAUCGACUACCGUGAUCCUCUUAAAGAGAUAUUCGAUAAGUUCGAUGUAAAGGGCGAUGGUACCAUACCAUGCACCGAGCUCAUCAAUGUCAUGAGGCAUUUUGGCACAAACCCUACCGAACAAGAAGUAAAGGAAAUGUUAGAUGAAGCAGGCAUUGAUAGUAAUGGCGUUCUGAAAUACGAAGAGCUCGUUGCAAUAAUACAGCGGACCAAUAAAGAAAAAGACCAUGAAAAUUUAAAGGAAGCAUUUAAAAUGUUCGAUAAGGACGGAGAUGGCACAAUUGAUCCCAAAGAGCUGAGAACAGCGUUGCAGAGUACCGGAGAUAAACUGACUGAAAAGGAAGUGGACGAAAUGAUGCGGGAAGCGGACAUCAACAAUGACGGCAAAAUUGAUUUUCAAGAAUUCGUCAUAAUGAUGACCUCUUAA